AGCUCCCAGUCGAGAUCGGCCUCCACGAUGGCUGCCCCAGCGGCUGCAUACCGUCCUCCAACACAGGCCUCUGCUGCACACCCAGUCACCUCUCCAGCCGCCGCUGCUCCACAGCAGCCUGGUAUGUUCGCACAGAUGGCCACCACCGCUGCCGGUGUCGCCGUCGGUUCCGCCGUCGGCCACACUCUGGGUGCCGGUCUGACCUCCAUGUUUUCCGGCUCGAGCUCCAACGACGCCCCAGCUGAACAACAGAUGCAACAGGCUCCAGCCGUCCAAUCCCAGGGCUACAACAGCCAGCAGUCCGCCCCAUGUGACGUUGACGCAAGAAACUUCACCAGAUGUAUCGAAGACUCUAACGGCAACUACCAGGCUUGCGACUUCUACUUGCAGCAGUUGAAGGCAUGCCAGGCUGCUGCU